AUGACGCUGGGAGGCCUUGUUGCGCGCUUGGCGCGGCAGAACGCCAAGUCGGUUGCGUCAGGAAAGCUUCCUUUUAGGACAUUUGUUACCGGAUCUACUCCCGCGCUUGCUGCUGCACCUAAGGGCCUGCAGCAGUUCUCAAUAUACCGAUGGGAUCCCGACCAGAACGAGAAGCCGCGUCUUCAGACCUACACCAUAGACACAAAGGAAUGCGGACCCAUGAUUCUUGACGCUCUGAUUAAGAUUAAGAACGAGGUCGACCCGACUCUCACAUUCCGCAGAUCUUGCCGGGAAGGGAUCUGCGGUUCUUGCGCGAUGAACAUUAACGGCGCGAACGGCCUCGCAUGUCUCACCAAGAUCGAAGCAUCUCCUGGAGCUUCUAUUCCAAUCACUCCGUUACCCCAUAUGUUCGUCAUUAAAGAUCUCGUGGUGGAUAUGACUCAGUUCUACCAGCAGUAUAAGUCCAUCGAGCCGUGGCUGAAGACCAAGAAGCUGCCGGAAGAUGGAAAGGAAUUUCUUCAGACUAAGGAAGACCGGGCUAAGCUUGACGGCAUGUAUGAGUGCAUCCUGUGGAUCAUGGACAGCCGUGAUGAGUAUACCAAGCAGCGGCUUGAUGAUUUGAAUGAUCCAUUCAAGCUGUACCGUUGCCACACCAUUAUGAACUGCACCAAGGCGUGUCCCAAGGGGUUGAGUCCAGGAAAACAGAUCGCCAACAUCAAGCGCCUGAUGGUGACCAAAAGCUGA